AACGGCUUUGCAUGAAGCCCUGGAAGUUACAUUUUAGUGAAUUGAAUCCUGGAUCUCUGCCGGGCAGUAUGUCUCCUACGACUGAUUUGAGUCUCGCUUCAUUCUUUGAAAGGAGAUAUUUUGCAGUUUGGAAAUGUAUUUUUAAGAAGAAUCAACCUGAUGAGAUGCUGAAAGCUAUGCAUAAGUGAACACUGAGAUGUAAUGCCACCUGGAUCAUGUGGAGGCCAGAGAUCAAGGCCAUGCCUGACUCAAGACUUCUUUAGGACAUAACCCUGGAUAACAUUACUUUCUGGAAAGCGGAAGCCAUCUGGGAGAACAUCUUUAAGGAUUGUCCCGGGUAAGAAGCUGUUGCUACCUAGGAAAGCUGCACACCUGCCAUGGCUAGCAAAAGGAAGUCUACGACUCCAUGUAUGGUCCGAACAUCUGACGCCACGGAGCAGGAAGUUCCGAAAGACUGUCGAGGAAUAACAGCUGGCACCCCAGAACAGGACUUGAGGGAGAGUUUGGCUGCCGGGAAGGAGAACUGCGAAAACGACUGUGAGGUCAUUGAAGGGAAAUCUUCCCCGGCCAAUCCAGCACGGAAGGCCUUUGUUGGUUACGAAUGUAAAUACUGCCCCUACUCUACACAGAUUCUGAAUGAAUUCACGGAGCACAUAGAUACGCAACACCCCAAUGUGAUCCUCAACCCCCUUUACGUAUGCGCUGAAUGUAACUUUACAACCAAAAAGUAUGAUUCUUUGUCUGAGCAUAAUACCAAGCUCCACCCAGGGGAAAACAACUUCAAACUGAAGUUGAUUAAGCUCAAUAACCAGACUGUCCUAGAGCAAUCCAUCGAGGUAACGAACACUUCAGUUGCAGCCGAAACACCUGCGUUCGAGGUGGUUCCUGGUGAGACGAGCAGUACCAGCAAAGUGCCACCGUCUGUUAACAUUGGGAAGCCAAACGUUGAGGCCAAGAAGAUGGCGGUAGAGAACCAUCUUGAUGGAAUUCCCCAUCUUGUUACAGAAAACACUGAGCCAGUCACUUGUCUCAAUGGGGCAGAUCUCCUCCAGGAUACUCUGCCUCAUGUGAUGCCGUCCGUGCAGCUCCCGCCAAAUAUCAACCUGGUCCCUAAAGUACCUGUGCCCUUGAAUAGUACUAAAUACAAUUCUGCACUGGAUACCAAUGCAACCAUGAUCAAUUCUUUCAACAAAUUCCCAUACCCAACACAGGCAGAAUUGUCCUGGCUGACGGCAGCGUCAAAACACCCGGAAGAACAGAUCCGGAUCUGGUUUGCUACUCAGCGCUUGAAACAUGGCAUCAGCUGGUCUCCAGAAGAGGUGGAAGAGGCAAGGAAGAAGAUGUUCAACGGCACCAUCCAGCCAGCAUCUCAGACCAUCACUGUUCUGCCAGCCCAUGUCGCUGCCACAAAAAUGCCGCAGCCGCUUAUCCAGACAGCUAUGCCGUGUCAGAUUCUUAGUCAGACUGGCCUGGUUUUGACGCAAGUAUCAAAUGGAUCAACUAUCCCCCCAAUAACUCUUGCUGUUGCUUCCAGUCAAGGGCAGAAACGGAGCACGCUGAACCAGCCGCUUGCCCCAGAAGCCAAGAGGCCGCACAUCGUCCCGGCAGACGUCUCGCCCAAACAGAACUCUCCUACCACUCCAACAAGUGUGACAACAACCACGCCAUUGCCUCCUGCGCUGGUAGCAAUGUCGAACGACCGAAAGAAGACCAAGGAACAGAUAGCAGCCCUGAAAGCCAGUUUCGUCACAAGCCAGUUUCCUGACAAUGCAGAAAUAUACAGGCUGAUAGAUAUCACGGGCCUCUCUAGGAGCGAGAUCAAGAAAUGGUUCAGUGACUACCGGUACCGAAGUCAACGAGGAAUUGUCAACAUCACAACGGGAUCAAUAGCGAAGGACCAGAUGGUUCUUGCGGCUGCUGCACGGCCGGGGCGGGUUUACAAUUCGUACCCAGACCUCCCUGUCCAGAAGUGCAAAGGAAAAAAUGAAGAACAGCUCACGAUGCUCAAAGACAGUUUCCUUAACAGCCCUUUCCCAACACCAAGUGAGUUGGAAAGGCUCAGGAAUGAUGGCAAGAUGAGCAGAAAUGAGGUCGAGUCCUGGUUUACUGAGCAAAGGAAGCUCAGAGAUCAUUCGGAACAAGCUGUUUUGGACUCGGUGGGAUCCAAGAAUAAGGAUCAAGGGUCUUCCAAUGGGGCCGUCAAUCAAACAGAGCAGUUUCACAGCUCCCAGGCACUGACACCUUUGACAUUCUGCUCUUCGGACGUUGCGAAGACUACCCAAGAGCAAGUCCAUUUACUGAAGAGUAUGUUCAUCAGAACUCAGUGGCCAACCCCAAAGGAAUAUGACGAGUUGGCAGCUCAGACUGGACUCACAAGGACUGAAAUAGUCCGCUGGUUCAAAGAGAAUAGAAGCUCUCUAAGAACGGGGAAAUUAAAAUGGUUGGACCAGUACCAGCAGCAGUGUGCCAUUGACGGACAUCAUGAGACAAAGGGUUCCGUGCCCGUUGGGACUCUCAGGCACAGUAACGAUGCCAUUCAGCAGACGGACAAAACAUAUCAGACGCCAGGGAAGCAGAAUACGGGAGGUACGGAAAAAUCAGAAUGCAGCAGCCAAGAUAGUCAAGGGAGUAGCAAGAACCGGGACUCUGGCAACGUGAGUUGGGUGGAAGUCACCAUUGAGGAUGACGACGCUGCUUCGGACUGUAUGGAUAACUGGAGUCAACCAGCAGCUGAAAAUAAAGCAGAUUUUGAUUCUGAAAGUAUAUCUGGGGAUAACUCUCACACCUAGACAGGCACAUCCUUCUGCCUCCUAGAGAGGUCUUUCCAGUCUGGAUUCUUGAGGAUCUGUUGUCACUGACUCCGGGAUCAAGCAAAGAUUUUAAAAAGAGAGUAUUCAGUUUGACUCCAGAAUCAAAAUCAUGGUCAAGACAAUCCUACGGAGCACUGCAAGGAGUUCCAUGAUGCCAAAGUCUCAUUAUGGGACUUUUUUAAAGGGCCCUUGUACAUAGGUUCUCUCUAUAAUGUACUACUUGCUUGACUCCGAUUGUAGACUAGUAUUUACAAUGCAGAUUUUUUUUUUGCUACAUUUUCUGAUUGGAACAUUCAAUACAGGUCAUGGCUCACUCAAGGAUCAUGGUUGACUUGAUUAUUUUUCUUUAAAAUUAGUAUCUGUUGUGUCUAUUUCCAAGACCAUUUGGAAAUUUCUCAGCCUGCCUCAUGGUUUUCUAAUGAUGAGCAUUUAGCCCUGGUGUUCAUUACAUCUCAACACACUUUAUAGAAUCCAUCCAAAGCUGUGUUGAUUGCCGUUUCCUUCAUGGCUGUUUUAUUUGUAGCAGGCUACAUCUUGUUCUGCAUACAGGAAAACUUCCGAAACAGUGGGAGAACAGAUCUCUUUUAACACACCAUUUGCCAAAACAUCUGGACUGUGGACCUUUGGAGAUGUUGACAGGACAAUGCCUUUGCUUGUCCCAAGCACCUUUAUAUCACCUGCAAUCUUAAAAAGAUGACUUUUCAAUGGAGGGCUUAAGCUUUUUUAAAAAUUGGUGAACUUCAUUAUUGUUUUUUGGUGCAAAGACGGAAACUGUUUAGGCAGCCUUAGAUGCUGUAGUGCACAAGACGGUUUCGUAAACCCUCUCCGCUAAACUUUUAGCUUGUUUCUAGGUCCUCUGAGUGCACUUUUAUUCUUCAAAUGACUGCUGAAGUAAGGGAGGAAAAUCGAGGGAGUCAGAGGAAUGUUUUUAACAGUGACAUUUAGAAGGUUUGAAAAGUCUGACCCAUUUCCCCUAUACAAACCUAAUAUUAAGGAGUUGGAAUUAAAACAAAAAACUUUU